AUGUAUGUUCACUGUUCUAUCUUACCUUAUGUUUUUCCAGAGGAGCAUUAUACAGAUCCCAAAGAAUCACAUCAGUUGCUUGCACCAGUUGUGCUCUACAAUGACAGACCAUGGUCAGGUUUGAUAACAGAUCAUUAUCAAACUUUACUUGGAAUGUCCGGUGAUUCAUACAGUCAGUUUGAAGAUCACUACGGUCAUUCAUCUUAUCCAAACUCCACUUCUUCUAUGAGAAAACCUUGUCAACUUCCAACUUUUCAACCAACUAAACGGUCCAAGAGUGAUCUCCCAACACAUGAUCCUUCAAGACUUCAAAAUUGGUUCACCGAGCCUAAGGAAACAAAAUUUGGAUUUGGUUCUUCAAAUUGGCGGGACACUGAGAAGUUGUUUGGAACAAUGUUUCUAAAUCCUUCCCAUCAUGCUACUACACCUUCUCAUUCCAAAUUGAGCUUCCAGGUGCAUUUCUCUGAUUUGAGUUAA